AGUGACCUGCAGAGACAAGGUAAAGAUCAAGAGGACACUGUGACAGAGGCUCCCAGGGAUCCUUACUGGUGCACAUUCUCAAGGAGUGGAUCCUAUACCUGCGUUCUGUGAGUUCUACAGAUGGCUCAGCAUCGGAGUUGGCUUCUAGUGAGCUUAUUUCUCACUGACGUUCUUUUCUUGGAGGCUGCAAAAAUCCUGACUAUAGCUACAAUGGGUGGAAGCCAUUAUAGAGUGAUGAACCAGGUGUCACAAAUUCUUCAAGACCAUGGCUAUAAUGUGACCAACCUGCUUCACGAAAAUGUUCCCUUCCAAGAUUUUGAAAAGGAGAAAUUAUCAUAUGAGGUUAUAACUUGGCGUCCACCUGAAGAUCAGGAAAAAGAAUUUCAUAAUAGAUUAUAUCUCCUUGUGGAAGAAUUAUUUAAUGAAAGCCCUCAGUUUGAUUAUUUCCAGUCUUCUACUCCUCCUAGGUUCAAUCAUCACACACUUGUAAAGGUAUAUAAAUACUUUGCGGACUUAUGCAGUCACUUAUUAAGCAGAAAGGACAUCAUGGACUCCUUGAGGAAUAAGAACUUUGACCUGGUAUUUUUGGAUGCAGCAGAACCCUGUGUUUUCUUAAUUGCUGAGAAACUUGAAAAACAAUUUGUGGCUUUUCUUCCGACGCAAUUUAGUUCUAUGGACUUUGGACUCCCUAGCCCCUUGUCUUAUGUUCCAGUGUUUGGUUCAAGACUAACUGAUCAAAUGGACUUCUGGGGCCGAGUGAAGAACUUCCUGAUGUUCUUUGAUUUCUCCAUGAAGCAAAGACAAAUAUUUUCUCAAUAUGAUGCAACCAUCCAGGAACAUUUUGCAGAAGGCUCUCGGCCAGUUUUGUCUGAUCUUCUACUGAAAGCAGAGCUGUGGUUUGUCAACUCUGACUUUGCCUUUGAAUUUGCUCGUCCCCUGCUUCCCAACACAGUCUAUGUGGGAGGCUUAAUGGACAAACCUGCCAGGCCAAUACCUCAAGACCUGGAGGAUUUUAUCACUACUUUUGGAGACUCAGGUUUUGUCCUUGUGGCACUAGGUUCCGUAGCAACCACGUAUCAGACCAAGGAAUUUAUUAAGGAGAUGAACAGUGCCUUUGCUCGCCUCCCUCAAGGGGUGCUGUGGACAGUUAAGGAUGAACAUUGGCCCAAAGAUGUCAGAAUGGCCAAAAAUGUCAAAAUCAUGGAUUGGCUUCCCCAAGCUGACCUUCUGGCACAUCCUAGAAUUUGUCUUUUUGUUACCCAUGGUGGAAUGAAUAGCAUCAUGGAGGCCAUCCAGCAUGGAGUCCCCAUGGUGGGAAUUCCCUUCUUUGUAGACCAACCUGAAAACGUGGUCCUUAUAGAAGCCAAAAGAAUUGGUGUUUCAGUUCAGGUAGAGAAUCUCAAGGCAGAGACAUUUGCACUUACACUGAAAGAAGUCAUUGAAAACAAGAGGUACAAGUCUGCAGCAAUGACUGCCAGGGCCAUCAGGCGCUCCCACCCCCUCACACCUUCCCAGCGUCUGGUGGGCUGGAUUGACCACAUCCUACAAACAGGGGGAGGCGCACAUCUAAAGCCCCAUGGCUUUCAGCAGCCAUGGCAUGUGCAGCACCUGCUGGAUGUCCUGUUGUUCCUGCUGGGGCUCACUUUGGCCACCUUGUGGCUGUUGAAGAAAGUGCUGGGCUGGUUGCUCAAGCCCCUGUGUGUGGCUAGGAAGGAAAAGAAGGCAUAAUGUUAAAUUUGACCUGGGGGAGGAUGCUGGGGACUCUGGCUCUUUAAAGGCUUCCUCCUUCCCUAGCACAGGGAACUCCCAGGGUUCUCCUCUUUCCCUCUUCAUGCAGGUAGAGCUCCAGUUGUCCUCACUAUUUUCUGUCUUUUUCAUAAUCCUCAUACAGUACAUUGACUGACUAGUGACUCCUCAUUACCUGGAUCCACUUGCAAACCUCAAGGAAUAUAUGAUAGAAAAAAGCAUGGCUUGAUUCCGGGCUUAGACUUUGGAGCCUGUAGAUCAGAGAAAAGUCUGGCUUAAGUUUAAGUGACAAUGAGACAGCAAAAAUUAGGUAUAUGACCCUCCAGCAAGAGGGUGGGUUUGGCUGCCUCUCAUUGGCUGGAAUAUCCCCAUAACACAUCAUGACACUCAACCUAUAUAAAAGGUGAUGCUCACAGUAAUAAACUGAGUUCUUGCUUCACUUGAUUCCUUAUUGCAUCUGAUUGUCCUGUCUCAUGGGGCUGCAGAACAAGCAUCUUACACUGUGGGACUGUGAAAUGGGCAGAUAGCACACUCACCUUUCUCUGGAGAAAAAGGAAGCCUAGCAAUGACUAGGGGAAUGUAGAGGAUCGAGAAGCCUGGCAACUGAAUGCUCAAGAAGCCAACAUGUAUCUGUUGAGAAAACUCACAGUUUUCAAAUAUUUUAUAUGCCACAUUCUGUAGGUCUUUGAAGUGUUUGAAGAUUACUUACCUAAUUGAAAUAGAUCAUUGUAUACCUAGAAAAACUAACUAAUAUGACUAUAAAUUUGAAUAUUAUAGAUUACUAUUAAUCUGUAUUUUUAGUUAUUUUUUACAUUUUUAAUGAGCUACAUAUACAUAAUAUCUUAAAGAAGAAUAGAAAUACAUAUACAGUAAAACAAAAUUAACAUUAAAUUUGCAUCAAUAAGCUAAAAUCAUACCAAUGUAAAAUUUGUGGAGAUUAGAUUUUUUUUAAAUUAUAGUAGAUGCAAUAAUCUAUUAUUUUUUCAUCAUUUCUAUAUCAUAUCCCCUUUCUUCUGUUAAAAGAAAUUGACUAUGACCAAUAACAAUUCAUAACCAAGCCCUUUUUAAAGAAAAUAAACUUUUAUAAAAUAGAGUUUGGGAAUUUGGGCAUAGUUUUCUAGCUGAUUGUUGGGCACUGCUAAUCUUCCUGCUGAUUCUUGGGCACUGCUAAUCCUAUAGGGACCCUGAGAAAAUUUGAGAUCAAAGCCAAAUCCUGGGAAGAUAAAUUAUAACCUUUGAAGGAGGAUGUCAAAGUUUAGGAGGAGUUCCUUUAUCAAAUCUGGUCCAUGUUAACCUGGAAAAAAAUCCAUAGCCUCUUAUUUCCUGUGGAAAAACUUUUUACCCAAGUAAUAUAUCCUUUAAGUUCCCAAUACAAAUGGAUUUUGUACUUCUGAUUUAGAGUUAAAGCAUUUUAGGGCUAGAGAGACGGCUCAGUGGUUAAGAGCACUGCCUGCUCUUCCAAAGGUCCUGAGUUCAAUUCCCAGCAACCACAUGGUGACUCACAACCAUCUGGUGCCCUCUUCUGGCCUGCAGGCACACAAGCAGACAGAAUACUGAGAAUACUGUGUACAUAAUAAAUAAAUAAAUCUUAGAGUUAAAGCAUUUAAAAAAUAUUUAGGUUCGUGUAUUUUGUCAGUCUCUCUUUCAGAUUCAUGUCUCUCUUCACCCAUUGUGCCGUAGAAACACCUUCAGCCUGCAGCAUUUAAGUUACCAGCCCACUUGGGCGUGGCCUCUUAUACUAUAAAUCCCAAUGUAAAGCAUGCGCCCCCUCUCUCUUCCAGCUGCUGUUUUCCCGUUCGUGCAGAGGACUGUACUCUGUGAGCCCACCCCUAAAUAAAUAACUCUUUAUUAUAUUCAA